AUGGAUGAAGAUGAAUAAAUAGACUAAACGAUGGUCACUUUUGGAUCAAUAAUAGCCAUAUCUGAUUUUGUUGAUCAAACAGCAUUCUUAUUUUCAGAUGGAUUUUUGAAACCUGAAGUAUUUUUAAAAAACUUUGUACAUAAAGAAUAAAAAAAGUAUUUAAGAAUGAUAUAGAAGAAAAACAUUUGAUGGCCUAGAUAAUGAUUCCUUUUACAAAUGUCUGUUUUAAGUUUUACCUAGGGUUUCCGAUACUGUUAAGACAAGAGUAUUAUAAGAUUAUAAUGUAACUGAUAUUAAGAAAGGUGAAAAAGAGGGAAAAGAUGUAUUAUUAACUAAUUUUAUAAUUAGGAUAAGAUUAAAAUGACAAAUUAAAGGAUGAAUGAAGAACUUAGUCAAUUAAUGAAUGAGUAUAAGCAAAAUAUAGAUGCUAUUGAUAAAUCAAGGUGUUAAAAAUUAACAUACCAUUAACCAUUUUAAUUAUUACAUAUUGCAAGUGGUAGAUUUUUAGCAUGUCAUGAUAAUGAAGCAUAAUUAGAAAAUUAAAAUUAUUUGGUUAAAUUAGAUGAUUUUUCAAGUGAUUACACUGUUUUUAAAAUAGUACCUGCAUACAUGUAUUAGAGUCAUGGAGAAUAAGAUGUUAAUGCUGGUGAAAUGUGUGCAAUAACUAGAGCUAUGCCAAUCUCUAAUAGAUUUGCAUAUAUUAAUUGUUCAUAAUUAGAAAUUUCAGAAAUUAAAGGUAGUGCAUCUUCAAGAUCUGAACAUAUUUAAAAAAAAGAAAUAAAUGCUAGUGUUGAUUAAUCUCAUUCAUGGAAAAUAGUAUUAUAUUAAUAAUAUAUUUCUGAAAAUUCAAGAAAUUUAAGAGUAGGUGAUUGUAUAUGGUUAUAUCAUAGUGAAGCAGAAGCUACACUUUCUGUGAAAAAAUAUCAAGAAGCAGUAGAUAAAGCAAAUUUUACAUUUUAUCAUUUAUCUGAAUGGCUAUCAAUUAAAAAUUUAUAUGUAGCAAUUACUAAAUCUCAAACAGAAAGUGCUUAAGGGUAUUAAGGAAGUACAAAUGGAUUAUGGUAAAUUGAAGGAGAGGAGUUUCUUUAAGGAGGAUUUGUAAAAUAUGAAGCUGGAUAUAGACUUAAAAAUGUUACUACUGGAUAUUAUUUAAGUGUUACAGAAAUUUCAGGUGAUAAAAAUAACAAAUAAAAUAAGAAAUAAUAAUAUAAAUAUCGUUUAACUUAAGAAUUAGAUAAAUCUACAAUUUUUACUUUUGUUGAUCUAAAAACUUAACCAAAUUAAAAAUAUUUAAAAGGAGGAAGUUAUACAUAUCUAUAAAAUAGAUUAAGUUAGAAUUGGAUGGAUUUUUAAAAUGAUAAAUAAAAUCAUGAAUAUAUACCAAUAUUGAAAGCUCCAAAUGAAAAAACUGAACAUGCAGUAUUUAAAAUACAUAUGGCAACUAGAAAUGAAGUUUGGGAAAUCUAAUUUUUACAAUCUUGUUUUCGUAGAUUAGCUAAAUUUGUUAUUUAAAUUUAAGAUCCAAAAUAUCCUGGAAUUGAUAAUUUUUCUUCAAAAAGAAAAUGGUUUGGAGUAUUUUAGUAAUUAAAAAGUUGUAUUGCAGAAUUAGAGAAUUUUGUAAAUAAUAAAUCAUAUACUACAUCUGCAGAAUAAUAAUUUGGAUCUAUUAAUUAAUAUAGAUAAAAAUUAAUGAGAGAAUAAUUUUAUAUUGAUAUCCUUAUUAAAAUUUUAGAAAGAAUAAUUACUAAAGGAGAAUUAGAAUUUUAUUAAAAAUUAGAAAUUGAUUUAGAAAAAGGUGAUAAACAAUCAAAAAAUAUAUUUGAAAUAGAAAGUAACAUUAUUUUUGAAGACAAAGCUUUAAUGAUGCAUGAAUAAAAGACUGAAAAUACAUUAAAAACUUAAUAUUAUAAUUAUGUAAAAUCUAAGGUAGAAUUAGUUGAUUAGAUAUAUUAAUUUUUAGGAUCUGUAUGUAAAUUAAAUAAAGAAAAUUAAAUAUAUACUUAUGAUUUAAUACCAUAUUUUUAAUUACACACUAAAUAUUUACCAAAAGCAAUAGAAGCUAUCAUUAAUAUUGUAUCAAAUAAUAAAUAUUUAUUAUAUAAACUAAGCGAAGAUAUUAAGAUUGAAUUUUAUGAAGAUAAUGAAAUUGAUAAUUAACAAAUUAAAAUAUUAAUUAAUCUAUAUUAGUUUGAUGAUAAAGAAGAAUAAAUUGAAAUUAAAUAACAUGAAAAAAUAAUGAAAAAACCAGUCCCUUUAAUUGAAUAUUUUAUUAAUUUAUUAUGGGAUGAUGAAGCAAAAAAUAAUUCAUAUUACUUAAAAUUUUUAAGAAAUGUUUGCAGUCAUUAAGAAUUUCCAAUUUAAAUUAAUUAAGAAAAUAUCUUUAAGUUAUAUAAAAAAAAUAAUACAAAAUAACCUAAAUUAGGAGUUGAAACUAAAGCUGAAGAAAGUAAAAGUAAUGAUGGUACUGUAAGACUAACAUCUAAAGCUGGUUAAUUAAUCAUACCUUAAGAUUGUGAUAUAAGAGAUAUAAAUAAAAGUUCAAGAGAUAAAUUUAUGUAUAUUAUUGAAUAACUCACUUUUUUUUCAGAAGUUGCUUUAGGAAGAAAUUAUUCAUGGAAAAAUGAACUUGGAGCUUAAUUUGAAAAAUCAUUUUUAUUUAGGAAUAUUUGGUUUAAGCAUCCUAUAGAUCCUAAAUAUAUAGAUUUAUAACCUGGAUUUGCUAGAUUAGCAUUAACUUUAUAUAUUGAUUAAGAACCAUUAAGGAUAAAGAAAGCACCUAUUAUGUGUUAAUUAUUUAGUGAAUGUGAAAAACCUAGGGAUUAUAUUCUAUUCAAGAGUUCAACUAAAGCUGGAACUUCUAAUGUUUAAGAAUUAAAUACUUAUAAAGAUUUAGUUAAUAAUUUAAUGAAUUAUGUUAAUGAAAAAGGAAGUGAAAUAUAUGAAGUUAUGUGUCCUCCUAUUAAUAAUCAAGGUGGUGAAGAGAGAGAUUCUAAAAAAAACUAAAAUUUAGAGGGUCCAGAUUUUUUAUAAGAAGAAUUAAUUUUAAAUACUAUGAGAAUUUUGGAUAAAAUAAUGAAAUUGAACUUGAUUUGGGUUUUAGAUUAUUCUUUAGGUGAUUAAUUAUAACCUAAUUUAAGACCAUAAAUUUUCAUUUAAUCUAUGGUUAAAUCUUGUUUAGAUAUUUUUACUUAUGAAAAAUUUGAACUUAAUUUAAUUUAAGCUCAUUGUUAAACAGAAAGAUAAAAAGUCUAAAAAAAAUUAUAAGAUAAACAAAGUCAACAUAAACUUAGUGCACCUAAUUUUAUGAAUCUUUUAAAGAAAUAAAAUAAGGAGGAAGAAGAUAAUGAAGAAUAGAGAGGGGAAAGUCAAACAACAAAUGAUCAAAAUAUAUAUUUAAAUCCUGUUAUGAGGGGAUACUUAAAAUUAUCAUCUCUAAUGUAAACUAUCAAUUUUUUGGAUCCAAAAUAUAUAGAAAAUGAAGUCUAAUUAAAAAUUAAAAUAUGUGAUUUAAUGGAAUAUCUAUUAGAUCUAAGAUAAGAUUUUAUGAUGUAAAAUUGUAUUGUAUUUUUUAAAACCUAAGUUUUAUAAGGAGAUCAUAUAGAAAAUAAUCCUGUUACUUAUAGUUAAUAUUUAUAAAAAGAGAAUAAAAAGAAACCCCGUAGUCAUAGAUUAUCAUAUGAAUAAUUAGAUUAAAGACAAAAAAAUUUAUUAAUUAUUUAAAGAUUAUUAAAAAAUCAUGCUUUAGGAUUAUUGCCUAAUUUAGCUUAAACAGGUAUAAAAGAAAUAGAUGAACCAUAAAAAGAAGAAAUUAGUUUAACAUCAUUUACAAAAAAUUUAAUGAAAAUAAAUUAGUAAGAAGAAAAAGCAAAAACUAGAUUUUAUAAUUAUAUUAAUAAUCCUUUAAUACCAGAAAUCUUAGAUCUUGAUUAAUAUUUAAGUUUAGCUUUAGGUGAUAUCAAUCCAAAUGAUUAGCCCAUUGCUAGUUUGUUACCUACAUUUUUACAUACUUUUUAUCAUGUAAAAGAUAAAGAAUUAGAAAAGAGAUGUCUUUAAUUAUUAUUAAGAUUAUUUACUUAAAAAGAGGAAUUUAAAAGAAAUCUGUAAAAUAUGUAAGUUAUCUUUGAUGCUGAGAAAACUAUAUUGCAUAAAUAUAUAACAACAAAUUUAGAAAAAUUUCAGACUUUAAACGAACGUCUUGAUACAUGGAUGUCCAGUUAUAUAUUUGAGGAUAGAAUAAGUAGUGAUUUUGAAUAAGCAUAAAAAUAUUUAACUAGUUUUUAUCAUGGUUUAAAGAGUGAAAUAAAAUUAGAAGAUAAUGAAUUGAUUUCAUGUUUAGAUGUUAUUGAUCCAAAGAAGUAAUAAUUAUAUGCAAAUUUGGGUGCUCAUAUAGCUGUAGUUAAUUUAUUGCCUAAUGGAUUAAGAUAUAUUCAUGAAUAUAUUAUGGAUAGAGAAUUAGAAGAAGAUAAAAAAGUUGUUAUAAUUGAUUUUUUUAGAUUAGCUAUUGAUGUUCUUAAAAAUUUCUGUUUUAAUAAUAAUGAAAAUUAAAUUAUACUUUAUGAGUAUUUAAACUUCUAUAGAUAUAUGUAAUAUGAUUUAGGCUAAUUAGAAUUAGUUGAAUCUAUAUUUUAAAAUAAUAAGACAUUACUUGUUCAAAAAGUUGAUUAAUAAUUAAUUGAUAUGAUUUUAUAAUUAAUUCUUAAAGAAGGUAGAUAAAAAAGGUUUUUAAAAGUAUUAGAAUCAUUAAUGAUUUAUUAAUAAAAUUACAUUUUUGACAAUUAAAUUUUAAUACAAAAUAGUCUAUUACCAAUUGAAUUUGGAGAAAAAGAUAUAAAAAUAUUGUAUUGUGAUGGUUCAAGAAAUAGUGAUUUAAAAUUAUUUUUAGAUGAUCCAAUUUAAGAACCUGAUUUAAAAUUUGUAGAUAAAUUAAGAGAGAUAGAUUAUAGAGAUACAUUUAGAGAUGAGCCAUUCUAUUAUCAUGCAUAAUUAUUAGACAUUCUUAUUUAAACAACUUUAAAUAAUGUAGAAAAGAGAAAAUUUAAUGCAAAUACUAAAGAAGAAGAUGUGAAAAAGAAUUUUAAUAUAAGUGUUAGUAAAUUAAAAAGAUUGUUUACAGCAAAUUAUCUUCUUGAAAUAUUAUGUUCUAAUGAUGCAUUUGUUAAAAUGCCUAUUACAACUAAAUCUCAAAUUUAAUAUAUUGAUAGUAAUGAUAAAAUUAAAGGAGUUACUUUGAUAAAAUUAUAAGUAAUAGAAUUUUUAAGAUUGGUACAUAUUUCAUCUGAAAGAGGAUAAGUAUAACAUUCUUAACUAUUUCAUUGUAGAUAAUAAAUAAUAGAUUUUAUUACCUUUGAAAUUAAUAGACUUGAUAAAAUAACUGAUUUAUAAUUAUUUAAUCAAGAUCUAAAAGUUUAUCAUAUUUAAGGUAUAUUCCCUUUUAUUUUGGCAUAUCAUGAUAGAUUCUUAAAAACUAUUGAAAAAUAAGAUUUAAGAAAGGAUCUAUAAGUAAUUGAAAAAUUUGUAUAAGAAUGGUUAAAGAAGGUAAAAGUUUUAACUUCAGAAACUAAUAUACUUUAUCCUAUAAUUACAACAAGUGAAGAUGCAAAAUUAUUAAUAAGAUGUUUAUAGACAUUUUGUAAAGUUUUUUAUGAGAAAACAGUAAAUUAAAAAGAAGAUCCAAUUUGGAAUUAAGUAAAGAUUAAAUUAGACUCACUUUAAGAAAUAGAUUAAGAUUAAGGUUAAAUAAUUUAAGAGAAUACUAUUCCUAAUCCAAAACCUGUAAUGGAAAUAAUUGGAGGAGGAUACCAUUCAAAGAAAAGUAGUUAGACAUCAAAAUAAUUGAGUAAUCCUGAUGAAUUACAUUUUAAAAAAUCUAGUAAGAAAUAUUUACCAGAUAAAAAGAAAAUACAUGUAUUCUAAGAGAAAGAGGAAGGUGAGGAAUUGUUGGAAGGAUAUGAUUCAAAUAAAGCUAUUAAAGUAGAAAAACUUUGGAAAUUAUUUUUAAAAGAAUUAUUAAAUAAGGAUUAAUUUGUUAAGGAAGCUGAAAAAGAAAGAGAAACUAUUGCUAAUGCCAUUUUAAAUAUAUCUAGUUUAUUAAAACCAGAAUUUAGUAAGAAUUUAACUAAUAAACCUGAUGUUAAAAGUAUUUCUAGAAAACUAAUAUCUUAUCUUUAAUCUGCCUUUUCAGAUCCCAAUUGUAAAGGGUCUAUCUAAACAUUAUUACACAUAUUAAAAAAAAUAAUUGAUACUGAUCCAGCUAGAAAAGUGGAAAUGCAAAAUUUAUUUGAUAAAUUAGGAGCAACAUAAAUGGUAUUAUUAGUCUUAAGUGAAAAUAACUAAGAUAAGAAAUUAAUGAUGGUAUUAAUAUUUAUUAUAAAAAAUAGUCUUUUAUUUAAUUUAUUAAUACAUUAUUAGAUGGAGGAAAUGAUUAAGUAUAAGGAACUAUAUAUAGUUUUAUGUUAAAUUUUAGUUAAUCUGAAAAUAUAUUCUAGAAAAUCUAUUUUAUUAUUAGAAAGUAAAUUGAAAAUUUAGAAAUACUAUCCAAAUCUAAAGGAGGAUCAGAAGAUGAAUCAGCUGGAUUACUUUAAAUAGAUUAUCAUGAAUUUUAAGAAGAUUUAAGUUUAGUUUUAGAAGUUUUAACAUUCUUGUAAAAUGCUGUUGAAGGUCAUUAUAGAAAAUUAUAAAAUUAUUUUAGAGAAUAAACUAAUUCAAAAAAUAAUUAUGAUUUAACUAAUGCUAUCACAGAUUUAUUUAAAACUUAUUAUUAUGAUGGUCGUAUUUAAAAAAAUUAUGAUAAUAUGUUGAAAUGUUUAGAUACAUUAAAUGAAUUAGUUUAAGGACCUUGUUCAGAUAAUUAAAAAGCAAUUUCUGAAUCUAAAUUUUUGGAUAUAGCAGCAGAUUUAUUUUCUUAAUAGUAUAUUCUUUCUCCACCAGAGGAAAUUGAAAAGAUUGGAAAAAGAAAAUCUCUUUUAGAUUAACCAUUAUAAAGAUGGUAAAUUUGUAGAUUAAUGAAUAAAAUAUUGAAUUUGAUCAUGAGUUUAUUGGAAGGAAGUGAAAUAAACUAAAAUAAUCCUAUUUUAAAAAGAAUAAUGAGAAAUUUACCUAUAAAUUUAUUAGAAAAGCAUUGUGUAAAUGAAUAUAAUAAAUAUGUCAAAAUAUAUGGAGAUAAAUAUGAAAUAGAAUCUUUAGAACAUCUUUCGGUUGAUCCAUAUAAAUUAAGAAAAAUGAAAGAAAGCAAAUUUGAUAGAAUUAAAUAAAUAUCCUAAUAAUAACCUUAUUUUGAAACAAUUUUACAAAAUGGAUUUCUUUUAUUUUUUUUAAUGAGUUAUUAUAUGGAAUGUGAUCCUUAUAUUGUAAGUCCAAUAAUAAAAAUUACAAGAAUGCAUAAAAAAAAGAUAUUAAAAACAUAAACAAGCAAUGAAGUUUGGUAAAUAUUUAAAGAUUCUUUUAUUUAUAUGUUAAUAUAAUUUACAAUUGCCUUAAUUAGAAAUUUAUUUGGAACAUUGAAUUCAAUGAAAAAUUUAGCAACAGAUUAAUUUAAAAAUAAUUAAGUAAAACCAGAUAUGUCAGAGGAAGAGAAAUAAAGAAUUAAAGAAGAAUAAUAUAGACAAGAUUUAUAAAUGGCUAUCAAUUUUUAUUAAGAAAAUAGUGCUCACAUUGAUGUUAUGCAUGAUGAUAAUCUAGAAGUAGUUUAUUUUAUUAAAUUACCAUCAACCAAAUAUCUACCUAAAGAAUAGAAAAUCUUAUUUCAUGAUCAAGUAGAUAGAAGUACUACCUAAUCAAAAGUUUAAGGAUUAAUGAAUAUAGCUCCUACAUUGAUUGAAGUUUGUAAACAUGAAGAAUAUUUAAAGAGAUUAUUUGAUAGAUAAAAAUAUUUAGCUUUGUUAACUGAUUAUGUUAAAUUAUGGAGAGAAUUAGCAUUUUUCUUAACUUUAUUUUUGAACUUAUUUAUACUAUUCAGUUUUGAUGGAACAGUUGGUGACAGAGUUCAAGAUUACAUUUUUUUUAGUUAAUAUGAAGAUUUUAAUCCUACAAUUACUAAGACUAUUAUUUAUAUUAUUGGUAUAGUAAUGACUUGUUUAUCCUUAUUUGUUGUAUCAUUUUAUUUACUAAAAAAUGCACCAUUAAUUUUAAAGAGAGCUUGGUUAUAAAAAGGAUUAUUUGAUGAUUAAGAUCCAAAUCCUUUGUUUAUUUUAAUAGAUAUGUUUUAUAAAUUUAUUUAAACCAUUUUAAGCUUUUUAUAAGAAGUAGAAGUGAUGUAUUAUAUAGCUUAUGGUUUAUUUGCUAUUUUAGGAACAUUUUAUCAUCCUUUAUUUUUUAUUUUUCAUUUAACUGAAAUUCUAUUUAGAUAUCCAACACUUAAAAAUAUCAUUUUAUCAGUUUAUCGUCCUAGAACUUAAUUAAUUUUAACAUUUUUCUUACUAUUUUUAUUGGUUUAUGUAUUUACAAUUUUCGCUUAUUGGAGAUUAUCAAAUGAAUUUGCAGGAUAUUGUGAUACACUUCUAUAUUGUUUUAUGAUGAAUGUGGAAUGGACAUUUAGAGGUUCAAUAGGAGAUUAUGUUUAAUAGGAACUUGGUGUAAAUGCUGUUGCAAGAGAAUUAGGUGUAGGCAGAUUCUUCUUUGAUGAGGUUAGCAAUAUUAUUUUAGGUGUUAUUAUGCUAAAUAUUGUUGCUGGUAUUAUUAUUGAUACAUUUGGAAGUUUAAGAGAGGAAGAAGAGAAUAAAUUAAAAGAUAUGGUUGAUAAUUGUUUUAUAUGUGGAAAUCUAAAGUAUUAAUAUAUAUAUUAUUCUUAGAGCUGAUUUCGAUCGAUUACAAUCAAAAAGCAAUGGAGGAUUUAGAGAACAUAUAAAAAUAAAUCAUUACAUGUGGAAUUAUGUUUACUUUUUUGCUUAUUUAAAAUGGAAAGAGAAAACAGAAUAUUCAGGAAUAGAGAGUUAUGUUGAUUAAAAAUUGAAAGAAGAAGAUCUUUGUUGGGUUCCAUUGAAUUAAGCAAGAGAAUUAGUAGAUUUAGAUGGUAACAAGGGUAUUAGAGAAAAGGAACUCAUUUAAAAAAUAGAAGAGAAAGUAAUUCACUUAAUUAUAUAUAUAGAUUGUAUUUGUUUAAGAGUAAAUUAUUGAUAUGGGAAAAUUGAUGAAAGUUGAAUUAAAAAAAAAUAAUUGA